AUGCUGUUCCUCGAGUCGGAGAACAAGAUCAUCAAGGAGGUGCUCAGCGCACGUCUCGGAGAUAAAGCUCCUCGCCCCGUGGAGCCUUUGGAGAUCCGUCUCUGCGACUUUGAUGAUGUGCAGUAUGAUAUGUCCAUUGUGGGCAAUCUCUUGACGGUUUCGAUGGCCUACCCACCUUACAAGAUACUGGAAGGAUUGGGUGCCCAGCAGAUGUUCGCUGUCACGUACCCAGAGUUCCAGCACGUUGCUCCGAAGGCAGGGUUUGACUUUUCGUUGCAGGUCAAUGUGGAUCUCAUCACUCCAGAAAACGCAGCCUCCUUCGUUGACCGUAUUUCAGUCCUGAAACGCAACAUUAUUGCCGCACCAUUCGAGCAGUGUUUUGAGGCACUGCAAAAUGGCAACGCGAAUGCGCUCAGCCCUGUGCAAAUCCCGUAUCGUCGCAACGAGACCAUCUACGUGCUCCCUCAGGCAGAUCGUAUCGUCAUUGUGUACUCGGUCUGUUUCGAUGAUAAGACUGAUCAGGCGAUCGCACGUGUCUUUUUGCAGGAAUUCGUCGACACGCGACGCACGGUAAACAAUGCGCCCCCUGUGGCAUUUGGCAAGGACCCGCCGCUCGAGCUCCGUGGCGCUCCAGGCCUUCGUAACUCGCCUGAUCUUGUGGGUUACCUGAGCCUUGCCAUCUUCCCCACGCACGUAGACACGACCGAGAAGCGCAUCAAGGCAGCAACGCUCGUCCAGAGUCUUCGCAACUACCUCCACUAUCACAUCAAGGCUUCGAAAACGUACUUGCACAUCCGCAUGCGGAAGCGCGUGGACUUGCUGCUGCAAGUGUUGAAUCGUGCCCGCCCAGAGAAAGAUCAAUCGAAGACCCAGAAAAAGACCAUCACGGGCCGAACGUUUGCGCGUGCUUGA